CUUCUUUUCCUUUUCACAGUGACAAGGUAUCAUGUAUGCCGCUGGUUCCAGGGGACACUCCCCUGCUUUCCUGCAACCGCAAAACGGAAACGGCCAUCGCUCACCUGGUUACGUUCCUGGGAAGGUGGUUCCCUUGCGUCCUCCUCCUCCUCCAAAGAACCCUGCUUCAGCCAAAUUGACCUCCACCAACCAAGAAGGCCCAGCAACCUUUGCUUUCUCCCCUGAGGAGCAACAAACGCCUAGGGAGAAUCGAAAGCAAAAGAGACACAAGAACACCUUCAUCUGCUUUGCUAUAACCAGUUUCUCGUUUUUCGUGGCGCUUGCAGUCAUUUUGGGAAUAUCCUCAAAAUAUGCUCCAGAUGAGAACUGUCCAGAUCAAAACCCCCGUCUCAGAAACUGGGAUCCAGGACAAGAUUCUGGAAAACAUGUUGUUAUCAAGGAGGGUGAUAUGUUCCGCCUGACCUCAGAUGCUACAGUGAAUUCUAUAGUCAUUCAGGAUGGAGGACUGCUUGUGUUUGGAGAUGAUAAAGACGGAUCCAGAAAUAUUACCUUGAGGACUCGUUACAUCCUGAUCCAGGAUGGUGGAGCGCUUCAUAUUGGAGCAGAAAAAUGCCGCUAUAGAUCCAAAGCGACAAUUACCUUGUAUGGCAAGUCAGAUGAAGGUGAAAGUAUGCCAACAUUUGGCAAAAAGUUUAUUGGCGUGGAGGCUGGCGGGACACUGGAGUUACAUGGGGCACAGAGGACAUCCUGGACCAUGCUGGCAAGGACUCUGCAUUCCUCAGGCUUGCCCUUUGGUUCCUAUGCCUUUGAAAAGGACUUUUCCCGGGGCCUUAAUGUGAGGGUCAUUGACCAAGACACAGCCAGAGUUUUGGAACAUGAGAAGUUUGAUACCCACGAGUACCACAAUGAGAGCAGGAGAUUGCAGGAAUUUUUGAGAGCUCAGGAUCCCGGUCGGAUUGUAGCUAUUGCUGUUGGAGAUUCAGCAGUCAAGAGCCUGUUACAGGGAACAAUCCAGAUGAUCCAGGACCGGUUGGGAAGUAAGCUGAUCCACGGGCUGGGCUACAGGCAAGCUUGGGCUUUAGUUGGUGUCAUUGAUGGUGGAAGUUCUUCCUGCAAUGAAUCUGUGAGAAACUAUGAGAACCACAGCACUGGUGGGAAGGCCCUGGCUCAAGGAGAAUUCUACACCUUGGAUGGUCAGAAGUUCUCCGUGACGGCUUAUAGUGAAUGGAUUGAAGGAAUCUCUCUUUCAGGUUUCCGGGUGGAGAUUGCAGAUGGAGCAAAGCUUCACCUGUUGGAUGACGUCAGCAGCUGGGAAGCCGGAAAUCGAAUUGUGGUUGCCAGCACUGACUAUUCCAUGUAUCAAGCAGAGGAGUUCACUCUUCUCCCAUGCCCUGAGUGCAGCCGUUUUCAGGUCAAAGUUAAAGAGACCCCCCAGUACCUGCAUGUUGGUGAGAUCAUAGACGGGAUAGACAUGAGAGCUGAGGUUGGAAUUCUCACCCGGAACAUUGUGAUCCACGGAGAAAUGGAGGGCUCAUGCUAUGCUGAUAAUCAAUGCCAGUUCUUCGAUAAUGACACCUUUGGAGGACAUGUGAUGAUAGAGAAGAAUUUCACUUCAGUCCAUCUUUCUUAUGUGGAAUUGAAACACAUGGGCCAGCAGCACCUGGGACGCUAUCCUGUGCAUUUUCAUCUGUGCGGAGAUGUGGAUUCUAAAGGAGGGUACAGCCCGCCAACGUCCGUGGCUGGCCUGUCUAUUCAUCAUAGCUUUUCAAGGUGCAUCACUGUGCAUGGGACCAAUGGCUUGCUAAUCAAAGACACCAUUGGAUUUGAUGCACUAGGCCAUUGCUUCUUUUUGGAAGAUGGUGUUGAACAGAGGAAUAUUUUGUUCCACAACCUGGGGCUUCUUACCAAGCCAGGAACUCUCCUCCCCACGGACAGGAACAGUUCCAUGUGCACCAUUAUGCGUGAUGGGGUGUUUGGAAACUACGUUCCUGUGCCUACCACAGACUGUAUGGCUGUUUCAACUUUCUGGAUUGCCCACCCCAACAAUCAUCUGAUCAAUAAUGCAGCUGCAGGCUCCCAGGAUGCUGGAAUAUGGUAUUUAUUCCACAAGGAACCCACUGGGGAAUCCAGUGGCAUGCAGCUCCUGGAGAAACCAGAACUCACUCCACUGGGAAUAUUUUAUAACAACAGGGUUCAUUCAAAUUUUAAGGCUGGCUUAUUUGUAGACAAAGGUGUCAAAACAACCAACUCCAGUGCUGCCGACCCAAGGGAAUACCUCUGCUUGGAUAACAGUGCAAGGUUCCGGCCUCAUCAGGAUGCAGACCCUGACAAGCCACGCGUUGCUGCUGUCAUCGACAGGUUAAUUGCUUUUAAAAACAAUGAUAACGGUGCCUGGGUCAGAGGAGGAGACAUUAUUGUCCAGAACUCAGCAUUUGCAGACAAUGGAAAGGGAUUGACCUUUGCCAGUGAUGGGAGCUUCCCAAGUGAUGAAGGUUCGAGCCAGGAAGUGUCGGAAUCCCUCUUUGUCGGGGAGAGUAAGAAUUAUGGAUUUCAAGGUGGACAGAACAAGUAUAUGGGUAUAGGGGGAAUAGACCAGAAGCCUCGGACGCUACCCAGGAACAGGACAUUCCCAAUUCGAGGCUUUCAGAUUUAUGAUGGGCCUAUUCAUCUCACAAAGAGCACUUUCAAAAAGUAUGUGCCAACUCCAGACAGGUACAGCAAUCAACUGGUUACCGUGGUUGACGAUGCCAGUGACCUCUGUGACUCCUGCUACUCUGUGGCAGGAACCUCCUUUUGUGAUGCUUUUAGUUUUGUCUGCUGCCAGGUCUCUCUGAACGUCUUCUUUGGAAAACCUGGCCCGUGGUUUGAGGAUUGUGAGCUGGACGGCGAUAAGAAUUCCAUUUUCCAUGACAUUGAUGGCUCUGUGACAGGAUACAAGGAUGCCUAUGUGGGAAGGAUGGACAACUAUCUGAUCCGCCAUCCAAACUGUGUCAACGUCACUAGGUGGAAUGCAGUGGUCUGCAGUGGGACCUAUGCCCAGGUGUAUGUUCAGACAUGGAACACUCCGAAUCUUAGCAUGAUCAUCACACGAGAUGAAUACCCAUCCCACCCAAUGGUGCUUCGGGGUAUCAACCAGAGGGCCAUUUCCCCCCAGUACCAGCCCGUUGUCAUGCUGGAGAAGGGCUACACCAUUCACUGGAACGGUCCGGCGCCACGCAUCACUUUCUUGUACCUCGUGAACUUCAACAAGGAUGACUGGAUCCGAGUUGGCCUCUGUUACCCAUCCAACACAAGCUUUCAGGUUACCUUCGGCUUCCUGCAGCGGCAGAGUGGCUCUUUAUCCAGAAUUGAAGAGUAUGAGCCCGCACAAUCGAUGGAAGAGCUACAGAAGAAGCCGUCUUCGAGAAAAUUCUAUUUUGACUCUGGCACAGGGUUAUUGUUUCUGUAUCUCAGAGCCCAUAGCCACAGAGAUGGUCACAGUUACUGUUCAUCUCAGGGAUGUGAAAGAGUCAAGAUUCAGGCAGCAACAGACUCCAAAGACAUCAGUAACUGCAUGGCCAAAGCGUACCCACAGUAUUACAAAAAGCCCUCAGCAGUCAAGCGCAUGCCAGCCAUGCUCACGGGACUCUGUCAAGGCUGUGGCACCCAUCAGAUGGUGUUUAGCAGUGACCCCCACAAGAGCUACCUCCCUGUACAAUUCCAGUCACCCAGUAAAGCAGAAACGCAGCGUGGAGAUCCAUCUGUUAUUUCUGUCAAUGGUACAGACUUCACCUUCCGGAGUGCAGGCGUUCUCAUUCUUGUUGUGGAUGCCUGCAGUGUUCCUUUCCGGUUGACGGAAAAAAAGAUGUUCCUUGCUGCAGAUGUCAGUCAGAUGGAAGAGUAUUUAAAGGCUAGCAUCCCUCCAAGGUCAAUCGUUCUGUUGAGCACGAGAGGGGAAAUAAAACAGAUGAAUAUCUCUGAUUCAUUAGUACUUCUGGGAUUGGUCAAACCAGCACAUCUGUAUAGCAAAGGCAGUAUUGUAUUUUUGGGAUUCAGCGGAAACUUUAGACCAUCAUGGACUAAGCUGUUCACCAGUCCUGCUGAGCAGGGCCUGGGGGUGCUUGAGCAGUACCUCCCUUUGCAGAUGGAGGACUACGGGUGCCCCAGGGCCAGCAGUGUCCACAGAAGAGACCUCGAACUGUUACAGCAGGCUUUGAAAGUGCUUUAGAGACUGACUGUAAUUUAAGUGCUGGGAAAGAAAAAAAAAUGUGAACUAACUUAUUUAAUUUAUGGCAUUUUAAGAUGACACUGUUAACCCAAUGGAACCAUUUUCCUGUUUGAUACAAAAGGGAGAGAGAAAGAACUCAAAGCAAUCGCUCGAGUGCCAGCUCGAGCACCUUGGCAUUGCCCAGAUGGUCAAGAACCCUUUGUCUUCCUGAGGCUGCUGAGUUCGGAGAGCAAAUUUUCUUACCCCUCAAAUUCAUAAGCCAGUCAGCAGUGCUUCCCUUUUUAUAGAGUGGGGUGCGGGAGGGCUUCCGAGUGGCUGCUGUAGCACCUCAAUACUUGAAGUCUAAUGCUCCUUAUGCAGUCGACUUGAUCAGUGAUGCCCAAGGCUCAUUUCUGGGCAGGCUGUGAGGUUUUGUGUGAUGCCAGAUACCGUUUAAAGUGGCAACUCAGGCCCAGAACAUGCCCUUCUUGCUUGGACAUGUACUUUUUUAUUCACUUGUGUAUUGAUUAUUUUUGAGGGUUCACCUUUCAAAGAGGGAACCCUAUUCGAACAAAGGGCUUUUGAAAUCUUUUUGAUCUGUGACCAUUGAGCAAAAAAAACAAACCAUUACUUGCCCCCAGGUCUGAAGUUGGUGGGCCUUUUGCAGCUUUAAUCCUUAACCUCUCUUGAUUGUAUAUUUGUAUGUAAAAUGCAGACCUGAAUGGACUUUUCUUUCAAAGAAGUAAGCCACUUACUUCCCAAACUGUAAACCCUUGUCUUUUUAACUUGCCAAAGGGAGCCAGGUGUGGUGCCUCAUGCCUUCACUCCCAGCUUUCCAGAGGCAAACCGCCAGCCUGGUCUACAUAGUGAGUUACAGGACAGCCCUGGCUACAUAGAGAAACCGUGUCUAAAACACACCCCCACCCCCAAAUUAACUUGCAAAAUGAAACCUGUCCUUGGUUUUGAUCUUGUACCUGUGUUUUGUUGUUUUGGUGUGUGGGUUUUUUUUCUUUUAAGCGUCUCUGCUCAUCAUCCUAUCAGAAAAUCCCAGAGAGCUUACUGCUUCUCCAUAAAUAUUGUAUCCAAGGGGAGGAAGAAGACACCUUUUUGAGUCUUAGAAUCAUGGAGACAACAUGGACCUCUUUGUAGCCUUAAAGAGGAGCCUCUCCUAGUGAAUGUAGUUGUCAAACACAAUAAGAAGGGACACCGUGAUGCUCAGUGCCCCUUCUACUGGGUUUCUCUCCAGCCGGUGGGGACACAUUUGGCAAAGGAGGCUGGCCUUGCAGAUAAGGAAGAUGCAUUGGAGUGCUGCUGCACAGCACGGAGGUGGGUGAAUGAACAGCCAGGCAUGUCCGGGCCGGCAUUAGCAGUGAACACGGACAAGCUCAUCUUCCUACAUGAAGGGUCGAGGCUGAUGCCUGUACCUUGUGUCUCCGUGACUUGUGUUUCUUUACAGAACAUGCUACCUCAAAGUGCCGUGACAAACCAUGCCGACUGUCAGUGCUCACAGGAGGGGCACGUGUCUUAAUCAAAGUCUGCUGAUUUGUUUGUUUGGGUUUUUUCAGAUGUGGAUUUCUGGUUUUUUUUUUUUUU